AUGAAGGUCGAAAUGGAAGAGGAGGAGCUCAGCAUUGGGUCUCCGACUCAUCCGCCUGAGCCAGGCAAUGCAAGGGACAUGGCUGUCAAGCUUGAGGACGCAGCACCAUCCAUAUCCAACCCACAGGCAGCGCGUGUACUUAGCGACCUGAUCAUACCGCCAGUCAAUCCAUUGGCGUCCGCCCUGGACAACCCCAACAUAGCUGGAGGAGGACCAGUGACGUCACCUGCUCCCAUGACCUCACCUUCGACACGCCCUAGCUCCCAUACACAGCAACAGCAUGUCCCUGCUCCAGCUCAGCCGUCUGCUCGGGCGCCGAUAACAGAUAUAUUCACACGGCGUGUUCAGAGGGUUUCUCAAUUCUUUGGGGAAUUCUUGGAAACCCCCGACCGGGGACUCGAGAUCUCAAGUGGCGAGUUUCGAUUAGUCGUCACUUCUGCUAAGCAGCAUCGAAUUUGGAAAUCGGUGGCGGAAUGGCUCGAGAAGAAAUACGCAGGACCAUCAGCUUCUGGAUCAAAAUUCCGCGCGGAGAAGGGGGAUGUGGCAAUCUGGGACUAUUUGCAUAAAAAUUUCAAGACCUCAGCCACAGCCGCUCCAAGCCAGGCCUCUUCGCAAGCAGCCAAACAAUCCAAUGCUGAGCAGGAAUCCCCAGAGGAGCCAGUUGAGGAUGGCGGUCACUGGGAGUCACAAGUAGCCAGACCAGCUAAUGCAGACGGAGAAAACGAAUAUCAGCCAGUCAGGGAGAGCGAUCGCCGGGAGUUUCAAGGAUAUCUGGACUGGGAGCGUAGGCACAACAACACAGCCGUCACCUUCCAUGAUUGGUGUCUUAUCAGAAACCACACGAUGCAGUAUGAUGAGGAGUUUGAGGAGGAGGAUAAGAAGAAGAAGAUGGCUGAUGCACCACAAGGCACGGUCACUCGACCGCUGCCCAAAAGACGAAAAAUACUGCAUCAGACGAAUACCCUCAUUUGA